AGUUUGUCAUUCGUUCUGACGAUUUUCAAACAUAAACAACGCUCACUCGAGCUUUAGUUGUGCUACUAACUCACUCCUACUGCACAACAAGUAUAGCGCGGCGGUAUUUAGAAAAAUAUUGUUUUUGUAAAGUGCAUUUAAUAGAAAGAAGAAGUUUUAAAUUUGUUAACAACUAAUUUACAUAUUAAAGUAAAAGAAACCACCGUCUAAGAGCUUGAAAAUGCCUUUCCCACGCGAGCAAUUAGAAUCUGCCAGCAAUGAAAAACUGUGCAAAUCGGAAACCAUCAAAUUGAGAAACAAGCAUAUUGGACAAGCCUGUCAACUGUUCUAUCGCUCCGAUCCACUUAAGAUUGUGCGGGGUCAGGGUCAAUAUAUGUUUGAUGAACAGGGAACUUGUUAUCUGGAUUGUAUUAACAAUGUGGCGCAUGUGGGUCAUUGCCAUCCCAAAGUGGUACGAGCUGGCUGUCUGCAAAUGGCUACCAUUUCAACAAAUAACCGCUUUUUGCAUGAUGAAUUGGUACAGUGUGCCAAGACAUUGACCAGCAAAAUGCCUGCACCGUUGUCGGUGUGCUUUUUCGUCAACUCCGGUUCGGAGGCGAAUGAUUUGGCUUUACGAUUGGCACGUAACUACACCAAACGUCAGGAUAUCAUUACGCUUGAUCACGGCUAUCACGGCCAUUUAACUUCGGUCAUGGAAAUCUCCCCUUAUAAGUUUAAUCAACCUGGCGGUGAUCCCAAGCCUGAUUAUGUUCAUGUUGCCCCUUGUCCCGACAUAUAUGGUGGCAAAUUUAAGGAUCGUGAUUAUCCCAAUGAGGAUAUGGCGGAGAUCUAUACCCAGCCCAUAAGGGAAAUUUGUGAACAAGUAAAAGCCCAGGGAAAGGGAUUGGCCGCCUUUAUUGCAGAAUCUCUACUUAGUUGUGGCGGUCAAGUUAUUCCUCCCGAAGGAUAUUUGAAAGCUGCUUUUGAGACCGUACGUGCUGCCGGUGGUGUUUGCAUAGCCGAUGAGGUUCAAGUGGGAUUUGGACGUGUGGGCACACAUUAUUGGGCUUUUGAAACUCAGGAUGUGGUUCCGGAUAUUGUGAGUGUGGCUAAACCCAUGGGCAAUGGCCAUCCAGUGGGUGCUGUUAUUACCACACCAGAGAUAGCUGAGGCCUUUUACAAUACCGGUGUGGCCUAUUUCAAUACCUAUGGUGGAAAUCCGGUGUCAUGUGCCAUCGCUAAUGCUGUAAUGCGGGUAAUCGAAGAGGAGGGUCUUCAAGAAAAUGCUCGUUCUGUGGGCGAAUAUUUGCUGCAACAAUGCCGCGAAUUGAAAUAUGAAUUCGAUAUUAUAGGCGAUGUACGCGGUUUGGGCUUGUUUGUGGGCUUGGAAUUGGUUAAAAAUCGUGAAACUCGCGAACCUGACACCAAUGCUGCCCAUUGGGUGGUAAAUCGCAUGAAGCAGAUUCAUAAGAUUCUGGUCUCCUCCGAUGGGCCCAAUGGCAAUGUCAUCAAACUAAAGCCCCCCAUGGUCUUCAGCCAGAAGAACGCAGAUGAAUUCCUUUUGGCAUUCCGUGAAUGCAUUUCGUUCUUGGAGAAACAACGCAACGGUGAUCAAUUGCCAGCUUACAAUGCAGCAGAUUCGAGCUCUGCCACAACUACAACGGAAAGUAUGGCGAGUAAAGCACAGAUAUUUGAACACCAAGAUCGUUUGAUAAAAUCCGUUUAAAUUUCAGAAGUAGUUUCUGAUUUGUGCAAUAUUUUAUAUAAACAUAUUUAGUUUUUAUUUUAUGUCUUGUAUAUUUAUGCAUGAUUUAGUUCUAGUAUCUAGAAUAUGUAAUUUUUAGUUUUUUUUUCAAUUAUUUUAUGUUUUUCUUUUUUUGUAAUUUUUUAUAGGCUAAGUUUAAUGAUAAUCACCAAUUGUUAUGCAAAAUAUUUAUAAGCUUUAAAGAUUGUUACAUACAUAAUUACGAAUACAGAUUUUAAACAACUUUAAUAUAAGCCAACUACAAAAGCCAAUUAUUACUCUAUUCAAAAUUGUUGUAAUUCAUGAGCUUUUUUAUUGAGUGAAGUUUUAACCAAAUACAAA